AUGGGGGCGAAAUGCUGUACAGCGACACCGUUGCUCCACAAGAGGAGAGAUGCUGAAAAUUACACAAGACGAAGUGCUUCACAAGAACUCGAACAGCUGAUCCGAAAUCAACAGAUUUUCGAGAGAGACGCUAUGAAGUGCCGUUGGUGUCAGAAGACCAACACAGAAGCCGAUCCGAAUGGGACUGCCACGGGCCGUCAAAGGAGCAUGGGAGUAUCGAACGCCGUCGUGUCGAAUAUCGCUACCGUUCGGAAACUCGAGUGGACUCUGAAGAAGUGGAGAAGCGUGAACAGCUCGAGCAAUGGCUCCUGCAGCAACCGAUCUCGACACGGAAACUCGACCAAAGCGACCGGCAGGUUGCCAUGCUUGCAGCUACAGGUGUGA